GCCGAAGCCAGAGCGGGGUGCCGGACAGUCCCAGGUUGUAAACAUUAACAGCUGUCUCAUCUUCCUCCUGCUUCUGCCACGUAUAUUUAUAUCCGGAAAUACAUCAUCUUAUCCGGACUAUGACUGUAUGUCAGAGCGAGUGAAUCUCGUCCAGAUCGCGGGGCUUUUGGAGAAAAGGGACGUGAAUAUAUUAAUUCUGUGAAGCGUUCUGCUUUACUGACGUGACGGAGGAAGGGGGUUGAAUGUCCCUCGUCUCAUGUACCGUCCUCUUUUCUCUUUUUUUGAAUUACCCAGGAGUAAUUACUUGCGUGUCAGGUCGUCGUCGUCGCCAGCAUGAGUAGCGCGAAACCCGAAAUAAGUCCUGGCAAGAUGCAGGUCAAGGAAAAGGAGAGAGGAUUGGUCUGGGGUCUCCUCGAGUCAGCAGGGGACACCAAUGAGGGUGUACGGCAGACAGUUGCGGGAUCCCUCAUAACAUUGGGCCACAUGCAUCCUGGCUUUGUUUUGUCCUCAAUUCAUAAGUUUAUUUCAAGUCCACAGACUGCACCAAAGGUGCAGGUACAAUCCAUAUUAUACAAUACAGCAGAGAACAUAGUGCGUGAAUGUGGUGAAAAAAUUGACGACAGGGAGUUAAUAGACACAUGGACAGAUGGAGCAGUUAAACUUUUAACUUUGCCUUCUGUGGCACCAGAUCUGCAAGAAGCUGCGUCAGGCUUGAUGGUUGCUUUGGGUAGUAAUCCCAAGCAUUGUUCAGCUGUGAUGGAGACUUUAGUAGGCCAAAUUCAGGCUGGCACACUCCCUUCACAGAGCAUUGCAGAGACUCUAGGUGCACUGGCUGUUGUUAAUGUCAAAGGAACUGUCCCUUUCAUUAAAGUCUUGUUGGGUUUAAUUGUGCAGUGUCUUCCAUCAGUAAAGCAGGACAACUUGAAGGUGGCUUUAGCAAUGAUGCUGAGCAAGUUCUGUGAGACGAUUCAGGAGGCAAUAGCAAAUAAGGAACCUGAUCCUGACAUAAGCGUUGAAGCUUACAUGACAGAGAGUGCUGCAAUAUUUGAAGCCUUAGUUAGCCUCUGGUUAAGGAGCUCCAAUUCUCUAGUUCGCCAAGAGACAAUUGUUUGUUUGGGGCACAUGAGCCAUCUCCUCCCUAAGGAAAAACUAGAGGAACUUGCAGGGUUAGUGGUGACAACCAUUCUCUCUCUGUAUCGGAAGGCUUCAUCCCCUUAUAGUCUUACCUUCUCCCUGGCUCUAAUCACUGAUGCAAUGCUAAAGAAUAACCUCACAGAAGGCAUGAAGUUCCAUGUUGACCAUUUACUAGGCUGUGUGUUCAACCAGGUGUGUGUUAUUCCUAAUUAUUCAGAGCCAUUCACCGUAAAGAACCAUUAUGAAGUUCUAAGAUGUUAUGAACUUCUGGCAAAACAUUUUCCAGAAAAUGUCAUGACACACUUACUGCAAAGGUUAGAGAAUGCAAGUCACAUGCAGAGGGUAGGUGCCUUGAUAGUAUCAAAGCAUCUUGUAAAUAGUAAGACCCUGACUGAUGCUAAUAUAUCUAACUUGAUAUCAGCAUUGAAUCCUCUCCUAAGUGAUCCCAACAGUAAAGUGGUAAAGAGUUUUACACAGGUUAUUGUUGCCCUCUGCCAUAAUUGCCAUUUGGAUGCACAGAGUGGCGCUCCUUUUAUUACGUACCUAGUGAAACACUCAGCUGGGGUAUCGACACCUCAGACACGAAGACCUUCUCUUGCUGAACCAGAUGGAGAAUCAGUGUCUGAGGUAAGUCGUAGGGUUCUCCAUCUUUUGGCUACUACUGUGGAUGGGGCCAGGCCAUUAUUGUGGCCUCAUUUGUUGAACUUUGUAUGUACUCCUGAGUAUGAGACAAGUUUAGCAACUACUCUAGGUUGUCUGGCUCAUCUUGCCAACAACAGUAAACCAGAAGAAGAUAAAGGCCCAUUGCUAACAGGCCCACCAGGUCCUCCAACGGCCCAUGUUUUGCUGGCACGCCUUUUAGUGCUGAGCUGCAUUCCUGGCGAUGGAACCAUAGGCACUGCAGCUCUCACACUUCUUCAAGGUUUAGCACCUCAAGUCAACCCUCAAGUGGUGGAACCCUGGAGCCAGCACCUCCCACAGCUGCUGGCAACAUUGCAUGAUUUUACAGCUAAAGGGGAUUCUGAACCAUCAGCAAUUCAGAUGUGGCACGAUUCUCUCAGGGAUUUCCUUGCAUCCACAAUCAUCAACAUCAACAGUGAAGAAUUUACUAUUAGUGUUGGAGUGGCUCAGAUGGACCAACUUCACUUAUAUGACAAACAGCAGGCACAACUCUGCUUCCUGAUGUCGCUGAUCGGAGUCACGUUAAAGCACAUGUCCAACAAAACCUUUGUGGCCACAACCCUUGACUCUUUGUUCAAUGCCACUAGUCAUAAAUCAGCUGUUGAGCGAGAGAGCCUGGCCUUGUCUGUAGGUACCGCAGCCGCUACUCAUACAGACCUUGUUUUAACUCACAUAGACAUGUGGCUCAAGACAGCAGAUCCUGCCAAAAAAUCCCUUUCAUUCUUCAAUUUGAUCAAGCAAGAUACACGAGUAGAAGAAUCCUCCUGGAUGCGAGCCAGUAUAGUGCUGUGCCUCGGACAGAUUUCCACUUUGGCUCCAGCAAGUGUAAUUGGAAGCCGUGUUGAUGGCCCAAUCAUGCUGCAUCUUCUUAAUAUUAUUAAUAGUAACAAGAGUGAAAUGGUGAAUGAAGCAGUUCUCCAUGCUAUUAGCAACAUUGCCCGGGCCCUUACUCGCCUUCCAGACUUUAAGCUUCGUCAACGGCCUUUGCUUAUUACACAUCUAGUCAAUACAUCUAGGACCGAAGGUCUUCCACAUCCUGUGCUUGCUAGCGUCCUGCAGGCCCUGAGAGAUCUUGCUGCUCUUGAGCCACAGCUGAAUGUAGAAGAGAGAACAAUUAUUCUGCAAGCAGGACUGAAUGCUACAUUGCCACGUUUCUCUCAAGCAGAGAAUGUUGACCCAUACCUUACGAAAUGCAAUGCCCAACUAAGUGUUCUCAUCAGAACUAUCAUUCAGAAGGACACAAAUCCUGCCACCUUAGAUGAUGUGACAACACUUCUGCAGUCAUGGACAGUUGCACCUGCUGAGCUAAUAAGGAUUAAAUCUGUUGAACUACUUCACACAGCACUUCGUACUUAUUAUGACCAUUUAACCUUUACAAUUGAGGGACCAACAAACUUCAACCAGACCUGUCAACUUCUGGCCUUCCUAACACCUCGCCUGAGUGACCCAAGUUCCCAAGUGCGAACACAAGCAGUGGGUAGUGUCUUCAUGGUGUUACGCAUAGCAGGACGUUACAAUGGCCAGACCCCUGAUCAUGCUGAUGAUGACCUAGAACUUCUAAAGACUGCUGAAGAACAGAUAUCAGUUGAUGACCCACAGAGGAUAGACAAUCUUGUCAAGGAUGUUGGCACGGUCAUUAGCAACAAGUUAACGUUUGUGCAGCUGAGGUCCUUCUUAUCAUGUGCAGUUGUGGGUCUGCAGGACAGAUUAGGAGAGUCCUCAUCGGGUGUUGCACUUGUAAUAACCACUAUAUUUACUCUCCGUGGACAUCAGCUUCACCAGCACAUAAAGGAGAUCCUAGACUCAAUAUAUACUCGCCUGGAGAAGGUUAGUCACAAGGAGACUCGAAAAAGAUCUGUGGAAGCACUGACUCAACUGUCUGCCCACAACCUGAAUCUAGUCUUGGAUACCAUGCUCAAUUAUCCUCUUCCAUAUGAAAGUGGUGUGUCAGGUACAUGGCGUAAUUUAGGUCAUGAUCCAAAGCUUUGUGAGUCGGCUUUAGAGCACCUGAAGCAGAUUAUGGAGCGCACCCAGCUGUUCACUGAGCAGCCCACGGCUUCUGAUUCUACUGUCAGGAUUGCUACUCUUCCCCCUCUCUCAGCUAUUUGUGGCCUCACUGAACUCAUUCAUGACCUGAGACCUCCUGCUAAGAGUGAGCAAGAAGACAAGGAAUGGGAAACGUUGGAAGUGAGUGAACCAGAAGAGGAGCCACAAGCCUGGCCAGAUUCCCAGAAAAUUAUUACUGAGAAUUUCCCAUCCUUAACAGCUCUCCUCUUACUCUCGUAUGGUUCUUACGUGGGGGUUGUGGCACCACUACAUCAGACAGGGGGCACUAACUCAAAGAGUGCCUUUAAUUUCAUCCCAAACAGAGGGGCCACUGGGCUGGUACCAACAAAAAUUGUUCUUCAGUGUCUUAGGUCACUAAUAGACGUCAUAAACUGCAAAUCUCUCAGUGUUGUUCUGACAAACAAAAUCAGAGAUGAAGAAGAAGAUACCACUGAGAUAUUCCUGCAUAGCAUAUCUGAAAUCACAGCGAUGCUAGUUCAUGAAGCCCCUAAACAUGUUGAGAAGCUUGUCACCCAUCUAGACUCUCACCAUGCCUAUGAGAUGCAGAGAGUUACUGUUGCAGCUGUCUUUGCUCAGUUGAUUGCUGAAAAGUGUGGUGGAAACUACGAACUUCUGGAAAGUAUUACUGACGGUUUGCUGUCGAGGUUGAAUGAUCGAUCCGUGCACGUCCGCCGCCUGGCUGUGCGAGGACUUGCCAACUUUGCACAUCUUCAGCAAAAUCAAACCUAUUUCCCUCAGUGGUUUGGGGUUUCAGAGAAGCUUACCGAAAUUAUUACUGCUCUUGUGGGUGCCACUGAUCAACGUGAAGGAGGAGGCACUGACAACAGUAACGUGGAAACUCAGGUUGCCUUGGAAGCCUUGAGGGGUCUUGCUGCUCUCCUUCCCCGUCUGCCACAGGAGACUGUCCUGCAGCACACUCCCACACUCCUCAUCAGGAUCAGGCUUUUCUCCGAGAAGUCGUCUGGUGAGGUCCGUGAAGCAGGACUGGGAGUUCUGCGAGGCCUCGCUUCAUCUGUAGGAAGUACGGAAGAGUUCCGAGAACAGUUGCAUCUUCACCUGUUGGCUUCCCUGGUCCACUUGGCUGAUCCUUACCCUCCAACUGUUGUGAUGUGCAAGAGUGCUCUGCAAGCACUGGGUCCACAUCUGGGCUCUGAAGCAAUGAACUCGAUGUUCCAGAAUCAUUUGAUACCCAGUGGGGUAUUGAACUAUCAUCAGUUCAUCACAGACCUGACAAAACAUAUGGUAACGGAUUUAAAGGAUCAUCUCGGGUUCUUUAUCCAAGCUACAUCUGCUUACUUUAAAAGUCCUGAACCAUCGUUACGGAGAGCUGCUGCUUUAUUGAUUGGCAAUCUUGUUUACCACUGUGAGAGAUGUGAGGAUCUGAACAUAUCAACAGUUAGCCAUGGGUUGUCAUUUCUCCUGCGAGACCAGGAUCCAGCUGUUCGCACUGCGGCAGCUAUUGCCAUCCCUCUACUUUUUAGGCACAUUGACCUUAUGUAAACAUUCGAACUAUGCAAUGGAUGAUAUUAUUCAGAUUAUGUCUUCUCCUACCAUGCAUCUUUUACUUUGUAUAUUAUUUUUGAAAAUGAAUAUAUUUCUUUUGGCAAGAUUAUGAUUAUGCUUCAUUUGAAAAAAGGGGUACUGUAUGUACAGAAUCAGUGUGUAUGUAUAUAUGUAUGUGGUGUGUGUCAGCAUACACACACACACACACACACACACACACACACACACACACACACACACACACACACACACACACACACACACACAUAUGUAGUCAAGUCUUUCUGUAGCUAAAGUUUCGCUUUUACAAGUAUCAAAAGAUUAAAUUAAACGAGGUACUUUCCAGAACUUCCUUUAAAAAAAAAAAAAAAAAAAAACAUAAUAGCACGUUAUACAGACAAUAGUCAAAUCAGCUUUUGGAUCCUCCUAGCUUGCUACAAUAAUAGUGCAUGUCAUAGGCUCUAUUUGUUAGCACAACUUACUUGGAAGCAUUAUACUCAAUUUAUGGAUCUUUUUUCAGCUAUUGUCUUUUCUAAAAGGAUCACUAUUUAGAUUAAAAAUUUUGCAGAAUAUGUGACACAAAACUAUAGCAACAGCAAGUCAGUGAUUCCCUUUCAUGGUUUCCUGAUCUCGAUUCUUAAUGCUUUCAUCAGUUUGAUAGAAGUCGAAGGGUUUAGUGUCAUUCAGCUUAAAAUGCAUUUUGUUUUUUUCGGGAAGGAUUACGUUUGUGUGCAUUCUUACACAGACAUUGAUAUUAGUAUGUGUGCAUAUGCUCAUGCAAAUGUACAUGUGAUAUUUGUUUCAAUUGUUUGAAAAGAACUGAUAUUAAUAUUCCAGCCGCUUUAUUUCAGUUAACGGAUACUCUUAAUUAGUUAUGAAAGGUUUCGAUGCCUCUAGUGAAAUGUGUUUAGAUACUUUCUUUGCAAUGCCUGAUGAUGGAAAUAAAGAGAAGAGUAAAAAUCACAGAACACAUACAACCACUGACUGAUUUUUAGGUUUAUGACACUGUAAAUAUUCUUGGUAAGGAUGUAUUUUUAUACUUAUUGAUAUGCGUAUCCUAUAUAAUUAUACUUUGUUAUGUAUGCAAGGUACUUUGUGCUAUAGAGAUAUGCAAUACAGGGACUGCUACCCUGAAGAGAUGCAGCUGCUUUCAUGGCAGUGCCUAAGCAAAUGCAAAUAUUCAGAUUGUAUGUAUAUUUAUGUCUGUAAGUAUAUGAAGUAAAAUUCAGUUAUUUGGUGGCUCCCAGUAUCCUAAAUAUUGCAAAAUGCACUCAUGGACUCAAAUAUCUGCAUUUAUAAUUUAGGGUCACUUGAGAAACAAAAAUAUAUUUUUACCUGUGGACAGUAAUAUCAAUAUUUACUGAAUGCUAUGGUCUUUGGCCUUUUCUAAAAGCCUUUACUGUUAUAGUCCUUUAUGUCAUAUGCAUCAUUUUAAUAUUAAUUUAUCUCGAAAAGCAUUCUCAAGUAACCAUAUUGAAGAAGACAUGAAUAAUGCUGGUUUUACACUUAUUGAUUGUAUAUCUGUACUAGUGUAAUUAUAAUAGUGUGUCAUUGUGGUUGGAAGUUAAUUGGAGUAAUAUAUUUUUUAUAGUUUCAUAAUGCUCUUGAAGCAGAAGACAAUAGAAGAAAGUCAAAGAACAAAAGAUAUGAUAUUUUUAUUUGUAUAUAUAUGUUCUUCUUCUUCUGCUUCAUCUUUUUUUUAGUCAUUUGUAAAUUUUCAUUAUGGAGUUAUAGCCAUUGGAUUAUGAAUCAUGGUGUCACUUGAUGUUAUUGGUGAAUUACUGAUGCAUUUUAGAUGAUUUCUUCCUUUUUCCUUCCUCCUCUUAUUAUUAUUUCUUGUUUUCCUUGUUGUCACAUAAAACUGGAAUUCUACCAGUCUUUUGAAAAGGCACUGAAUUGGUUUUAUCCAAAUAAAUGUCAGUCCUCUUCAAAAACCUCUUGUCUGCUGCUCUCAAACUCUUUGGUUGUCAAUAUUGUGCCAGUGUAGAGGCUCAGAACUUUUCCAACUGCUUAUUUAUUAUGAUUAGUCUGUUGUAAGUGACCUCAAUUAUCAGCUGAUCAUUCUACCUAAUUUAAACAUUUGUAAUGGUAAUUGUAAUCAAAUGUGAUAUAAAACUUGGGUAAUAUUAUAUUUUAUGGUGUGUUGGACAAAGCCAGCUUUGACUUGUGCCAGGAGUAACCUAAUUGUCAGUGUAGUAGUUAAAUAAGUGUUCUCUGUUUACUGUUGCAGUAAAAUCUCUGGUAAUUUAUGUCAUGUAUAAGUUUUUCAGCACAUAUAUGUACAUGUUUGAGACUAUGUAAUUAUUUUAAAUGGGAUGUGAUGUAGAUUUGUAUACUGUUAAUAUCAGCACACAAAUCAGUUUGCUAGGUGAUGAUUCAGAGUUUAAAGGUGCUGAUUGUAAAUGUAUUUAGUCAUGCACUGUAAAAGCACUGUGCCUUUCAAUGUAUUGUUCUUUACAUGGCUGCUCAUUUUGAAAAUUUUAUUUAAUCAGAUAUUGCAGUGUGUUUGCCUUUUCUCUUGCCAAUUUUAUUCUCUCACUAAGAACUUGAGUGGAUAAGUUCUAUAUACCCAGUGUGUUAAGCUGCACAAUGAUUAUAUAUGCCUUGUAACUAAUAGUGCCAUCUGUGCAAUCAAUUGAAAUGUUCUAUACAACACUUACUUUACAUUUUAAAAGCUGUGUAUUGCACCAUUAAGAUAAUGAACAAAGUAGCCAGCAUAUUACGUACUACCAGGUUAGUGCCAAAUAUACCAAUGGAAAUAUAGUUUGUCCUAAUUAUUGGACCUGCUUUUGUGUGUGCCUGUGCGUGCAUUUAUUCAUUUCUCUUAUUUUUCUCUUAUUUUUCCUCUUAGGGGGAGGGUGGGGGUCAUAUUUAUAUCCUGGCAGUUAACCAAGUGAAAUGAUAGAAGCCUGUUUUAGGUUUCCAAGAAACUAGACUAAAAGAGAAUCAAGUAUGAAGAUUUACCUAUCCACAGAGAGAAUCUUUUAAUGCAAAUGACACAAUAUUUUUUUUUUUUUUAAUACAUAUAUGUAUAAGAUCUCCAUUUUCUUUUUCUAUUUUUGAGAAAAGAUAUAACUUACAACUUAUAUUAGAUAGGCAGGAUUUAAGGCAAAAAUAACAACAGAUACCAUCAAAACACAGGUCUAUUUGGUAUGUUUAAUCACUGAAGAAGGGGCAUGGAUACCAAUUUUAAUUUAUGUUGUAAUUACUAGGAUAUACUGAGAAUGGUAUGGCCAAAUCAUUUGGGGAGAAUUUAUAUAUAUUUCGUUGAUAUAGUCCUGUUUUAUUGUUCAGAUGUUUAUAAGUACUACUACCAUAGAUAUGAAGAUAAUGCAUGGAUCAGUGUAACUUGAACCAGUGUAUGAGCAGGCUGAAGUGACUGAGCUAGCUUCACAUUUCUCGUGAUUAGUGUUUUUUUUAUAUCCUGUGAAAAUUAUAGCAUUCUAAAAGUGUAUUUUCAGAAUUAAUUAAUACAAUAUACCAGCAUAUCUACAGAUAGCCAUAAUAAGAUACCUAUGAUAAUGAUGAUAGUAUUGAUAAGAAAGCAGAUUAUAAAAUCUUUGUCCUUUCUGUAUUUUUUUUUCUUUUUUUUUUUUUUGUUCUUUGUUAGUUCAUGUUCUUGUUUUCCUUUUCUUUUGUUUUCAUCUUUUUCAUUUUCAUCGCCCCACAUCCUUUGGGAAAAGUUGGAGAACACAUGGUCAGUCUCAUUCAUAUGAACACUGUAUCUUUUUUUUUGUUCCACUUUGAAAUAUAUUGCUGGAGGAUUUGCUAUACCACAUUGGCUGUAUGGUGAUGGAAACUGGCUGAAAAAAAUGAAUUUUUUAAGUUUUUGAGCUUUAAUACUGAUAAAUACAAAGUUUUGGAGAUAUUAUAUUUUUCCUGUAACCACGGAAUUCUUACUCCCUGACCUAACCAUGGAAUUAAGUAAAAUGAACAAGGAUGAUAUUAAAAUUGUUAAUAUAGAUUAUCCUUAUUGCAUUAUUAUCAUUUAGGUUUUAUGAGAAUUGUUUUUAUAGGUAUCAUGCUAUUUUUGUCUUUCAUUUGAUUUAUCUUACAUACCAGUAUAGAAAAAUGUGUUAUAUUGGUAACAAUAUUACUCAACGUUGCUAAUUAUGAUUGUAAAUCUAUACUUUUCAGAUGAUAAUAAAUUGUGCUUAUUUCA